AUGGACCCGAAUGAGAUGCUCGGCGUUGUAGACAAAUUCAUCGCAGAAGUCACAGAUAUUGAACAAAAAGAACUAUUUCAAUCAAGCAGUUAUGAUGAAGUACUACAAGACAUCAACAAUAUCCAAUCAAGGCGAGAAUCGACCAAAAAUAUGAUGAACAUGAAACGAGUAGAGUUAUUUCUCACCGGUAUGGAACAUUUUGAGAAGGUGAUGGUUAAACUUAAGCUCGAUCAACAACAUGUCGUAAAACUGAUGGGAUGCGUCUGGGGGCCUACUCGAUUUCUUUUGAAGCUCUUCAUCUCGAUACCUGAUUGCACAACAUUUUUAGUGCACAUAUAUCGAGAUGUUCUUACUUUCCACCAGCGCGCAUAUAAGCUUUUCUCUCUCCGGUCCACUUUAUUCCAGAAAAUAUACAAAUCUACCUGGAAAUCUUUGAACGAUACUUUUGAUCAUGUAGCAGCUUCCUUGGAAAACCAUAGAAAGUUUAUUAAGGAGAAGGGGUCAUCUUUUUGGAAUCCUCAAGCUACCUUGGAUGUGGAUGCCGAAUUACCACCCGUGGAGUCUUGGCAGAAUGGCAAUCAGAACUGGCAAAAUAUUCGGAGGAUUGUUUUAGAAUAUCCCCAGACUGUGAAGAAGUCAUGGGAAAAUUUCGAAGAGAAACAAAGAGAUGAGGAAACCAAAACAAAAAAGAAAGUUUUGGCUUGGAUAUCGGCUUCCAAGAAGAUGCCGCUCCUUCACAAGAAAUUUCAGGAUGCGAGAAUAUGUCCUGAUACUGGCCGUUGGCUAUUCAAGAAAUAUAGCGAAGUCACUGAUUGGAUGACUGAGGAUCCGCCACCCAAUUCCGCCAUCUGGCUUCAAGGGAGUAGAGGAUUUGGUAAAACCAUACUCUGUUCGUUGUUAAUAGACGAGUUAAGGGACUUACGUACCGAAAAGAAGAGAAACGCAAUUCCGCAAGAGAGCAAGAUAUGCUAUUUCUAUUGCGAAGAAGAAGACACUGAUCAUCGCACUUACCUUGACAUUCUCAAAGGAGUUUUACAUCAAAUGGUUGAAGUCACUGAAUAUCUUUUGCCUCUGUGCAAGGAAAAUAUCGAUUCAAGUGGACUUCUAACGGACGUCGCAACGGCAGAAUUUCUCAUCAAGGCUUUCUUUGAGUAUAAUACUCGGCAGUAUAUCGUCAUUGAUGGAAUAGACGAGUGCGAAAUGAUAGAAGCGCGUAGAACUGCAAGCUUCUUCAUGGAUCAGGUUACAAACUGUGAUAACAUCAAGCAGGGGCGAUUGAGGGUGUUAUUCAUGAGUCAACAAACUCCGGAGCUAUCCAAAGCCGGCAUCAUGCCAGAGGAUGAUGCGUGCGUCGAACUCAAAGCGACAGACAAUGCAGAAGACAUCAGAAACUAUGUGAAGAAGAGGAUACCAGAUUUUUCUAAGGCGAGUGCGACAAGCAGCGGCUUCAAUCUUUCUGAAAGCGACAAACAACAGAUUGAAAGUAUUGUCUGUCGAAGAAGUGAAGAUAUGUUUCUCUAUGCCCAUUUGGCCAUCGAGUAUCUUCGAUAUCAGAUGACAAAAGAGAAGCUUUUAGAGAAAUUAACAGAAGAAAUGGCACCCAAGAAGCUCUCCCAGAUAUAUGAGAAGCUUUUAGGUAUAUUGAGGACGGAGCUAUUGAAGCUUCCAGAGGGAGAAGCUCACUGGGAUAUGGCAACGCAACUUCUCGGUUGGUUGGUCUGCGCAAAACGCCCCCUCAAAUGGCACGAAAUGCAAUCGAUUCUGUCAUAUGAUCCCCAACAGCAGAAAGUGGACUUUGAUAACAAGAUGCUGAGACAGGAUUCCCAUAAUUACCUUGGGUCUCUGGUGCAUAUUCUUGACGGUGGUCACAUCCGGAUUGUUCAUUCCACAGCGCGGCAACAUAUCAUUCAAAAUAAGUACAUUGCUGAACAGGCUGUCCAGUGUGGGCUCACAAUUCGCUGCCUGCGAUACCUAAGUUUAAUUAGCGCUUCUAAAGAUUAUGACGACAAUCAACGGCAAGAAAAAGUAAAGCUUGGCUGGUUUUCCUUUCAAGAUUACGCUUGUUCUCAAUGGCACAGCCACAUCAGUACGGUAAUUUCGAAGUGCAGCGACUUCCUUAAUAAACAAAGCAGUGACUGUGAGGAAUUUGGUUCCGCAUUGCAAGACUUCGUGGACCAAAAUCGAGCGGAUCUCACACAAGAAUUUCACCGAGAUUUUCGAGGCCAAAUGCCAGCGGAUCUCGACAACUUCUCUGCACUUCCGUUCUAUCAAAACCUUUGCAUCCUGUGGAAUCAUAUCUAUACUCAUCAGAAAAUGGAUUUCGACGUCCGGAACACUAUGGGUAUUGAGGGAAUUGAGAAGGCUAUGCUGGAGAACAGAGCCUCACUGGAGACCAACUUCAACCCUGGUGAUAUCGCUUGCCUCAAUGAUAAGAUAUCGGAUUACUAUGGUCCGAAUCUCUUCAAGUGCAAACGCCUCCUGUGCGCUUACUUUCAUAUAGGCUACGACAAGAAAGAAGAUCUUGAAGUCCACAACAACCGGCACGAUAGGCCAUAUCAGUGUUCCAUCCGAUGCAAUGCUGCCCCGAUCGGGUUCACCUCCAAGAAGGACUUGGAGAGACAUGUGCGGAUUUACCAUCCUGAAAAAAGCAGCGAACAAGGUACUUUUGAGCCGAUUCGUCCCAGAACUGAGGCAAAAGAGUUUCCUUGCAGUCUAUGUGGUAAGAAAUUUACAAGGAAGAUUAACCAAGUCAGCCACGAGAGAAGCCAUUUUGGAGAGCGCCCUUUUAAGUGCACACACAUGGGCUGUGAUAAGGCCUUUACAAGAAUAAGCGACUGCCAAAGGCACCAAAAGAUCCAUACAAGAAUAGUGCAUUAA